UUGAUGGACUGAGCCAUCUGAUUGGCUGAAAUCUGUCAGUGACAGCUGGGAAACUGUAAGCGACUCCUGUUUCUGUAACUGGCCCAUCCCUUCCUCAUGCCGGUGCAGUAUGUGAAUGAAAGCAGACACAUCUGUAGCCGGCUCUGAGAAAUCCACCAGUUCAGCGGCUGUCUGUGCACCCUUCCCACCGGACAGCAUGGCCAAGGGUGAGAAAGCAUCAGUUACUCCAGGAGAUAAACUCAUCAUCCAUCCUGAUCCUGCUUUCACCAAGAUCCCAUCACAGACCCAUCUAGAUCAGAAGCUAUCUGUAUGUAGCAAACUGUGUUUCGCCAUCGGUGGUGCACCAAAUCAGGUGGCUGGGAGUGCGACUGCCUUCUUCCUUCAGAUAUAUCUCCUUGACAUCGCACAGAUUAAUCCAUUUCAGGCUUCAAUGGUGUUGUUCAUUGGGAAGGCCUGGGGGGCUGUCACUGACCCCAUUGUGGGAUUCUUCAUUACUAAGAGCAAAUGGACAAAGAUUGGACGACUAAUGCCGUGGAUGGUGGGCUGUACUCCAUUUAUGGUGGUCUCUUAUGUCUUCCUCUGGUUUGUCCCACCUUUUAUCACCGGGAGGUUCAUCUGGUAUCUUGGCUUCUACUGUCUCUACCAAACUCUCAUCACAUGCUUCCAUGUGCCUUACUCCGCCCUGACCAUGUUCUUGAGCACCAACCAACAUGAGAGAGAUUCUGCUACAGCUUACCGUAUGACUGUGGAGGUUCUGGGUACGCUGGUCGGUGCGGCUAUUCAGGGUCAGAUUGUAGCGAGCGCACACACACUGAAACACUGUCCACAUCACAACCUGUCAGCUGGUCACCUGGGAAACAGCAGUGGCAUGGAGAUCACCAGGACUGUUGGGCCAUCACAUGACUUCCUGCCUCAUGCUGAAAAGAUGUACAUGAUCGCUGGUGGUGUGAUUGGUGGCCUGUUUCUGGUUUGUACAUUAAUCAUGUUCCUGGGCGUCAAAGAGAGAGACGAUCCAUAUGCACCAAAAACAGAGAGAGCAAUUCCCUUCCAUAAAGGCUUUAUAUUGGUCAUGAAACACGGAUCCUACCUCACCCUGACAGCCGCUUUCCUUUUCAUAUCUGUGGCCAUCCAGCUGAUACAAAGUAACUUUGUGCUGUUCUGCACGUAUGCGGUGGAGCUGCGAGAUCAUUUUCAGAACAUUGUUUUGACAAUUCUGAUAUCAGCCGCAGUCAGCAUUCCGUUCUGGCAGUGGUUCCUGGAGAAGUUUGGGAAGAAGACAGCAGCUUUCUGCGGCAUACCGUGGAUCCUGCCCUUCACACUGAUGCUGGUAUUUGUCCCUAAUCUGAUAGUGGCUUAUGUUGUGGCCGUAUCAUCUGGACUUGGUGUGGCUGCGUCUCUCUUGUUGCCAUGGUCAAUGUUACCAGAUGUGGUGGAUGAUUUCAGAGUGGCGAACCGCACCUCAAAGGGGCACGAGGCGAUCUUUUACUCUCUAUAUGCCUUCUUUACCAAGUUUGCAGCUGGGAUUUCUCUCGGAGUCUCCACGCUGUGUUUACAGUUUGCUGGUUAUAACACAGGAGCGUGCAAACAGCCUCCCCCAGUGGUCUUUACACUGAAACUGCUGAUCAGUGCUGCACCGGUGGCUUGCAUCAUCAUUGGUCUCAUAAUCCUGCUGGUUUACCCCAUCAGUGAGGACGUCAGGUUACGAAACAAACUCGCCUUAGAGGAGCUCAGAAAGCAGAGCAUUAGCUGCAAAUCUCUCCGAGCUGAUCUAAUCUGAGCAGCGUGUAACGAUCUUGAUAUUUCAGCUCAAUGCUGAGAUGAGUUGUGUUAGUGUACAUUACACUGUGAAAGAGAUUUUAUGUUUUAUAUGUAUAUUUCAGUUUCCUUCUCUGUUUAGUCUGUUUCUGUUUUUUCACAUGAACAUAUAGCCAUAUACAUUACUGCAUCUAAAUGAACCAUAUAUCAUUAUAUCAGCAAAGAUUUAUUCAUAAUAUAUUUUAUAAGUUGUUUUUAUAAUUGAAAUAUUAUCAGAUGAGUUAUUAAACUUGUGCUGGUUCACAUAGCUUCAGCAUAUUUCUUAUUAAUAAUUUAAAAAUAUAUAAUAAAAACAUAAUAAAAGUUUAAU